GUAAGUGGAACGGCUUUGUGAACAACAUGGAAAGCACCGUGGUGCUGACGGGAUGCCGACUUUUUGGCGGCAGCCAGUACCGAUUCUUCGUUUACGUCGAGAUGCGUGAUGAUGGUGUCUUGGCCGAGCCCAUGUCGCUGCAAGUCUUGCUGUCCAAUGACUUCACAGGCUGCGGGAGUGCUUUGGGCUGUGCUGAUUCCGGAGAUUGAGAAAGUGGGCUACCAGCAGUCCCCCGAGUUUCGCGGCUACAUGCGACAGGGUGCCGAGAAUACUGCUGGUGCUGUGGAUGAGCUGCGCACUGAGAAGGAUGGCGUGAGCAGCUGGAGUUCGGCCGCGAAGAAGUCAGACCUUCGAGCGCUCAUUUUGGUUUGGAGCUGUCCUGGUUUGCGGGUCAUGGCCUUGGCUGGCAUCAUUUUGACAUUGGCCGCUGGAUCGGAGCCCGUGCGGGACAACGAGUACGGUCGAAGGGUGGUUGCACAGACUCUUGAAGAUGACUAUGAAGCUCUGGUUUGGAAGGUUAUUCGGGAAAGUCAGAGAUCCAUCUACAUUGCGCUGCGUGUGGGAUUCAGUGACCCAGGUUACACUGUCCUGGAGACGAAGCUCAGCGUGGUGGGAACAGUGCGCCGAGUAGCCGCAGCGGAUUUUGAGGCCCGGGUGACGAAUGACGAGAAUCUGAAGCGGCGCCGAACAGCGCAACUCACAUCUUUGCAGGCUGGCUCGUUGGGCUUCGUUGAACAAGCCUUAGCAUUGGCUGCGACAGGUGGCAAUCCUCGAUCUCAGCGCUUGGCGGCGCAACGUGCAUUGGCUGUUGCAGACAGAAUCAGCAGUGCACAGAGCUCUGGAGUAAAGGUGAAGGCUAUGGAAGAGGAGAGCACAGUUCGUCGUGGCGAUUGA